CCCACAAUUCCAAAACCACCGUCCACCUCAACAGCAUACCACGAGCCACGUAAUACCGCCAAUCCCAAUUUGUGUGGCCGUUGGGGAUUCGUAAACCAGUUCCCAUCCUCUCUCUCUCUCUCUCUCUCUCUCUCUCUCUCUGCGCAAUCCAAAACCUCUCCAUCACUCCUAUAAAUUCUUCUCCCCUGCCUUCCCUCUUUCCCAAGAUACAAAUUUCCCAAACAGUUUCAGUUUAAAGACUUCGUCUUCUUCCUUCAAAUUCUCCAUUUGAUCAGCUCUUUUCUUUGAGUUUUUUCACCUCUGCAAAUCAAUGGCUGCUUCAAUCUCAGCAGCAACCAUCAUCGCCGUCAACAGAGCACCGUUGAACUUCAAUGGCUCUGCUUUCUUAGGCAGUAACAGCUUGAAGAAGGUGAGCUCCAAGAUCAUCAGCCAGCCAAAGAUACAUUCACCUGGGAAUUUCAUGGUUGCUGCAGAAUACGAUGAGUCGAAGCAGACCUCCAAAGACAGGUGGGGAGGGCUUGCCUUUGACACUUCAGAUGACCAGCAGGACAUCACCAGAGGAAAGGGCAUGGCGGACACGCUUUUCCAAGCUCCUAUGGGCAGUGGAACACACUACGCCGUCAUGAGCUCCUACGAUUACAUCAGUACUGGUCUUCGCCAAUUGGACAACAUGAUGGACGGCUUCUACAUUGCUCCAGCUUUCAUGGACAAACUUGUUGUUCACAUUACUAAGAACUUUCUGAACCUGCCCAACAUUAAGGUUCCUCUUAUUUUGGGUGUCUGGGGAGGCAAAGGUCAAGGAAAGUCAUUCCAAUGUGAGCUUGUCUUUGCCAAGAUGGGAAUCAACCCUAUUAUGAUGAGUGCUGGAGAAUUGGAAAGUGGAAAUGCCGGGGAGCCAGCAAAACUGAUCAGGCAAAGGUACCGCGAGGCAGCAGACAUCAUCAGCAAGGGCAAAAUGUGCUGCCUCUUCAUCAAUGAUUUAGAUGCUGGAGCUGGAAGACUGGGUGGAACUACUCAAUACACUGUCAACAAUCAAAUGGUGAAUGCUACCCUUAUGAACAUUGCUGACAACCCAACCAAUGUCCAACUCCCUGGUAUGUAUAACAAGCAGGAGAAUCCUCGCGUUCCCAUCAUAGUCACCGGUAAUGACUUCUCCACAUUGUACGCGCCUCUCAUCCGCGAUGGGCGAAUGGAGAAGUUCUACUGGGCCCCUACUCGUGAAGACUGCAUUGGUGUGUGCAUGGGAAUUUUUCGCGCUGACAAUGUUCCUAGAGGUGACAUUGUCAAGCUCGUUGACACCUUCCCUGGUCAGUCCAUUGAUUUCUUUGGUGCCAUCAGGGCCAGAGUUUAUGAUGAUGAAGUGAGGAAAUGGAUUGCAAGUGUUGGGGUAGAAGGCAUCGGGAAGAGGCUAGUGAACUCGAAAGAGGCUCCCCCGACUUUUGAUCAACCGAAGAUGACUCUUGAGAAGCUGCUUGAGUAUGGAAACCUGCUGGUGCAAGAGCAGGACAAUGUGAAGAGAGUCCAAUUGUCCGACAAGUACUUGAAAGAGGCAGCUCUUGGGGAUGCCAAUGACGAUGCCAUAAAGAGUGGAAGUUUCUACGGCAAAGCAGCACAACAGGUUGACCUGCCUGUCCCUGAAGGCUGCACUGAUCCAUCUGCUGCGAACUACGAUCCCACGGCGAGGAGCGACGACGGAAGUUGCCUGUACCAAUUUUAGAAGUGUACUUAUAGGGAUUUGAGAAUAUAUAUGCAUUAGAAUGUGGUGGCCUUCAUUGUGUCGUUGAAAUGUACAUGUGCUGCGAUUCUCUUGAGUAAAGACAGGUAAAUAUAUACCAGCCCAAUUCAUUGUACUAGUUUUUCUAAGUAUCAAUCUAAUGAAAAUGAAUCAAAUUCUACGACAA